AUUAAGUUUCUCACCUUUUCCUUCUUUUUCUCUCUCUUUUUUUUUCAUAUACCUCAUGUCCCUCUUCUCUAAAGUCACGCGUGCCAUGCGCACCAUUGCGCCUCUUGAACUUGCUGAUUUGACUUGGGAUAAUGUGGGUGUUCUUGUUGAACCACCUUAUCCAGCCAAGAAUACUAAUCGUGUUUUUUUAACUAUUGAUUUGACUCCUCAAGUAUUAGAAGAAGCUUUAAGUGAUCCUGCUGUAGGUGCUAUUGUGGCUUACCAUCCACCCAUAUUCAGAUCUAUGAAGAGACUUACGACUUCUGAUCCCAAACAAGAUAUGGUUAUGAAAGCUGUGGCUAAAGGAGUUGGUAUCUAUUCUCCUCAUACUGCUUGUGAUAAUUGCGAAAAUGGAGUGAACGAUUGGUUAGCUAGCGGUUUAGGAAAAGGAUCUAUCAAACCUAUCACUCCAUUUGAUAAUCCACCUGAAGGUCAUCCCAAUGCUGGUACUGGUCGUUAUUUUACCUAUGAUGAAGCUAUUCCUCUAUCUCAAGUAGUAGAACAUGUGAAAAAAUUGACUAAAUUACAAUACUUACGUGUGGCUACUCAAAAUCCAUGUAACAUGAGUAGCAAUUUGAUCAAAACAGUGGCUAUUUGUGCAGGAUCAGGAUCAUCCGUUUUGGGCCCUACUCAGGCUGAUUUGUAUCUUACAGGGGAAAUGGGUCAUCAUGAUGUAUUAGCAGCUCUGGCUAACAAUACUAGUGUGAUUCUUUGUGAACAUUCAAAUACUGAAAGAGGAUAUUUGACAGCAAAUUUGAAACCUGCUCUAGAAAAGGCAUUGGCAACCGAUGAUGUAGAAGUGAUAGUGAGUAAAGUAGACAGAGAUCCUCUUUUUAUUAUGUAGUUUAGACAUAUUUUUAUUAUUACGAUUAUUAUUGGUAUUACUAUCAUUGUCCUUGGGUAGUGUAACUAAUAAAAAAUAAAGAAUAUUAUUUUAUCAUCGU